AUUCUCUCUAUCUCUCCCUCUCUCUCUCUGUGUUGCUGCUCACAUUCCCCUCUACUUCAUUCUUGGGAGGAUUCGCAGACCGGCACAAUGGCUGUCGCAAGACCCAUCCGGAUGCUGGGUGCCUCGUGCAUCAUCCUCGUUCUCUUUCUCAUCUUCCAAAUGAACAAAACACCCGCCCUGAUCACUAAGGGGUCGUCGUCGUCAUCAUCAUCAACGCCAUACGAGGGUAUCACCUCCGAUCCUCUCAAAGAUCCAACCGGUGAGCCAGAGGGCAAGUUGUGGCGUGUAACCGACGGCGACUAUAGCCCCGGCAAUGCAAAAUCUCCCCGUACCAACGCCGCCCUCAUCUCUCUGGUGCGAAACGAAGAACUCCACGAACUUAUCCCGACCAUCCGUGACCUUGAGCGUACUUGGAAUAGCAAGUUCAACUACCCUUGGAUUUUCUUCAAUGACCAGCCCUUCACGGAAGAAUUCAAGAAGUUGACGCAGGCGGAAACCAAGGCGAAAUGCUACUACGAGCAAGUGCCCAAAGAACACUGGGAGGUUCCUGAGUGGAUCGACAUGGACCUCUUCCGCGAGUCCGCCCAAUUGCUGAAGGAGAAGGGUAUUCAGUACAGUGACAAGAUCUCCUAUCAUCAGAUGUGUCGCUGGAACAGUGGUCUAUUCUACCAGCACCCCGCUCUCCAGAAGUACCGGUACUACUGGCGUGUCGAGCCCAAGGUCAAAUUCUUCUGCGAUGUCGAUUACGAUGUCUUCCGCUACAUGGAGGAUCGGAACCUCACCUACGGCUUCACGAUCAACCUCUUCGAUGCCCCCGAAAGUAUUCCCUCGCUGUGGCCCGAGACCAAGAAGUUUCUCGCUGCGAACCCGACUUAUCUGAACAAGAACAAUAUGAUGAACUGGCUCACCGACGACCAGCUGCGACCUGAGCACACGGAAGCCGCCAACGGUUACUCCACCUGCCACUUCUGGUCCAACUUCGAGAUUGGCGAUAUGGAGUUCUUCAGGGGCGAGCAAUACUCUGCCUACUUUGAGCACUUGGAUCGGGCCGGUGGCUUCUACUACGAGCGCUGGGGUGAUGCGCCCGUGCACUCCAUCGGCUUGGGCCUUUUCGCCGAUAAGUCCAAGGUUCAUUGGUUCCGGGACAUCGGAUACAAUCACAUCCCUUACUACAAUUGCCCCACUUCUCCCAAAUGUUCCGGCUGCACGCCCGCCAAGUUCUACGCUGGUGAACCCUGGCUGGCCAAGGAAGACUGCCGACCCAGCUACUUCAAGCAUGUUGGAAUGCACUAGAAAUCGCCGCAUGAUAUGAUUCUAUUUUCCUUUGAUUAUCUGGUGCAUAUGACAAUUGUUCCUCGAUCUCUUGCAUAUGAACGUCUCGCAUGAGGGCGAUGGGAUAACCGGCGGACCAUCUUUACCCUACCACAUAUGAGGACCUGGUUCGGGUACGAUCACUUUGCCAUUUGAGAAUUACGAUCGAUUCUUUGUACAGGAGCUGAGUGCGCACAAUUUACUAGCGCUCACAUGUUCUAUUAUUACCACAUACCCAGUCUUGAUGACGAAGAAACUGCUUAAAAUUUAUAUUGAACUCUCUCGGUGGCGUUUUACACGGAUUGCCGUUUUUCUUUUUUUUUUUUUAAUGAUUACUUUUCCG